UGUAGCAUAUUGUAGAACUUGCAAGUUCAUAUUGAGUUAUUCUAUACGUACACAAAAACAUGAAUUUCGGUUUAGAAAGUAGGGGAAACUAAUUUACAAACUAACCUAAUAUUUUGUUUGUAAUACACGAAUAAGAACAAAGAAGAAGAUUGGUUUGUUUUAACUAAUUUCAUGGAAAAUAUUUAUUAUACAUACAUUUUAACUGCCAAAUCUAGUGUACAAUUUUCUAACCUCUCUCAUCGCUUUGUUUAUUAGUAAAGCGUAUAGUCAUACAUCAAGGAUUCAUUCUUUUUUUUUUUGUUGGUACAACAGUAAGAUAUGUUUGUACAAACAAUAUUUGCAAAUCCUAGAAAAAAUGCGCGUAGAAUGUUGUUUCUAACGCAAUGAUAACAAGUUGCAAGUGAAAAUACUAUUUGUGAAUAAUUUGUAUUGUUGUACGAUAACCAUAACGCUAUAAAAGACAAUGUCAACGAAAAGGAAAGCAGAUACUCAAGUGCCAGCCGAAGAGAGUGAUUUAUUAUCAAUUAGACCACUUGGAGCUGGUCAAGAAGUUGGAAGAUCAUGCAUCAUGUUGGAAUUUAAAGGCAAAAAGAUUAUGUUAGAUUGUGGUAUCCACCCAGGUUUAUCUGGCAUGGAUGCGUUACCAUUUGUGGAUUUAGUAGAGGCAGACGAAAUUGAUUUAUUAUUAAUUUCUCACUUUCAUUUGGACCAUUGCGGUGCCUUGCCGUGGUUUUUGCAAAAGACAAGUUUCAAGGGACGAUGUUUCAUGACACAUGCCACUAAAGCCAUUUACCGUUGGCUCUUGUCCGACUACAUUAAAGUUAGCAACAUUGCAACAGAGCAAAUGUUAUAUACUGAAUCUGAUUUAGAAACUAGUAUGGAUAAAAUAGAAACUAUCAAUUUUCACGAAGAGAAAGAUGUUUUUGGAAUAAAAUUCUGGGCCUAUAAUGCUGGCCAUGUAUUGGGCGCUGCUAUGUUUAUGAUUGAAAUAGCAGGUGUUAAAAUUUUAUAUACCGGAGAUUUUAGUCGACAAGAAGAUAGGCAUUUGAUGGCUGCUGAAAUUCCAAAUAUCCAUCCAGACGUUUUAAUUACUGAAUCCACUUAUGGUACACAUAUACAUGAAAAAAGAGAAGAUCGCGAAGGAAGAUUUACAAAUUUGGUUCAUGAAAUUGUUAAUAGAGGAGGAAGAUGCUUGAUACCUGUGUUUGCAUUAGGUAGAGCACAAGAGCUUCUCCUAAUUUUGGAUGAAUAUUGGAGUCAGCAUCCUGAACUCCAUGAAAUUCCCAUUUAUUAUGCUUCCUCUUUGGCAAAGAAGUGUAUGGCUGUUUAUCAGACUUAUGUAAAUGCAAUGAAUGAUAAAAUUAGAAGACAAAUUGCUAUUAACAAUCCUUUUGUAUUUAAACAUAUUUCUAAUUUAAAAGGAAUUGAUCAUUUUGAAGAUAUCGGACCAUGUGUAGUAAUGGCUUCUCCUGGUAUGAUGCAAAGUGGACUAUCUAGGGAAUUAUUUGAAUCUUGGUGUACUGAUGCAAAAAAUGGUGUUAUAAUUGCUGGUUAUUGCGUAGAGGGAACAUUGGCAAAGACUAUUUUAUCAGAACCUGAAGAAAUUACAACCAUGUCUGGACAAAAGUUGCCAUUAAAAAUGUCUGUUGACUAUAUAUCGUUUUCAGCACAUACAGACUAUCAACAAACUUCAGAAUUUAUACGUAUUUUAAAACCUCCACAUGUUGUACUUGUACAUGGAGAACAAAAUGAAAUGGGUAGAUUAAAAGCAGCAUUACAAAGAGAAUAUGAAGAUGAUCCUAAUACAACAAUGGAGAUACACAAUCCAAGAAACACUGUCGCUGUAGAAUUAUAUUUUAGGGGGGAGAAAACUGCCAAAGUAAUGGGCACAUUAGCAAUGGACACACCGAAACCAGGACAAACAUUAUCUGGAGUUUUAGUGAAGAGAAAUUUCAACUAUCAUAUGUUAGCACCUUGUGACUUGUCCAAAUAUACAGACAUGAGUAUGAGUCAAGUCAUUCAAAGACAAAGUAUCUACUUUUCAGCAUCAUUACCAGUAUUAAAACAUCUUUUAACUCAAAUUGCUGGAAAUUUGGAAGUUGUGGAUGAUAAAAAAUUACGUGUUUUUAAAAAUAUUGAUGUCACGAUUGAUGGAAAAAUUGUUACUAUGGAGUGGAUUGCAACACCUGUAAAUGAUAUGUAUGCAGAUUCUGUUUUGACAGCAAUAUUACAAGCUGAGAUGAUGGAACAGCCACCCAAAAUAUUACCGGCACCUACAAAAAUGGAUCGAAUGCAUUUUAAGGAAUGUUUGAUAGAGAUGUUACAAGAAAUGUUUGGUGAGGACUCUGUUCCUAAGAUCUUUAAAGGAGAAAAAUUAUAUGUAACAGUUGAUGGAAAAAAAGCUCAUAUAGAUCUAUUAAAUUUGGAAGUAACCAGCAAAGAAGAUGAAACAUUUCAACAAAUAGUACAAACAGCAGUAACAAAAUUACAUCAAUCACUCGCACCUCCCUGUGAUACAAUUUAAGAAAUAUUUUUUUUAAGUUUUAUAGAUAGAAUAUAAUACAUAUAAGAUUACUAUUAUAUAU